AUGGUAUGGUUUGUGGUGGGGGUGGGGGGAGGAGGGUGUGGGGGGGGUUUGGGGUGGGGGUUGGGAGGAGGAAGUAUGGGUUUGGGGGGGGUGGUGGUUGGGGGGAUUGGGGGGGGGGGGGGUGUGUGGGGGUGGUUUGAGAGAGAUGUUUUGUUGUAUGGGGGGGGGGGUUUGGGGGGUUGGGGGGGGGAGAUGGGGAGUAAGGUGUUGUGGGAGUGGGGGAUUGUGGUAUGGGGGUUGGGGGGGGGUGUAGAGGGGGGGUGUGGUUGGAGGAAGAGGGGGUGGUGGGGGGGGGGGGUUGGUGGGGGGGUUGAGGUGGGGGGGUGGGGAUUAUGGGUGGUUGAUGGUGGGGUGGGGGGGGGGGGGGUGGAUGGUGGGGGAGUGAGGUGGGGGGGUGGGGGGGUAUGGUUUUGGGUUGUGGGGGGGGGGGUGUUGGUUGUUGGGGGGUUGUGGUGGGGGGGAAUAGAGUGGGUGGGUUGUGGGGUGGGGGGGGGGGGUAAUUGGGUUGGGGGGGUGGUUUUUGGUAGGUGUGGUUGUGAGGGGGGUGUGGGGGAGAGGGUUGGGGAAUGUGGGGUUGAAUGGUUUGGGGUUGGUUGGGUGGGGUAUUUUGGGGGGUGUGAGGUUGGGUGGGUAGUGGGUGGGUGGGGAAUGGGGGGAUUGUUGGAAAAGGGGGAGAGGGGGGGGGGGGGUGAGGGGUGGGUGGGGGUGGGGGGGUUUGGGGGGGGGGGGGUGGGGUGUGGGUGGGGGUGUUUGGGGUUAGGGGUGGAUGGGGGGGGGGGGGGGGGUGAUAUGGUGGGUGGGUUGGGGGGUGUAUGUGUGGGGGGGGGUUGGGGUGGGAUAGGUGGUGGUUUUUGGGGUGGUUUUGUGGGGGGGGGGGGUGGGGUUGUUGAAUUUUGUGGGGUGAUUGAGGAGUUGGGUUUGAGUAAGUGGGGGUGGUUUGGGGGUGGUGGGGGGGGGGGGGGUGGGGGGGAUUGUAGAGUGGGUUUAGGGUGGAUGGGGGGAUGGGGGGAUGGUGGGGUAUGA